UCCUUCGCCGUCGCCAAAUCGAUUCUUCCGUCUGUGGACCCCGGCGCAUUCUAUUUGCGCCAUUUCCCUACAAACGAAACCCACUGUUGCGGCAAGCGUGGUUGCGCCAUGGCAGUGAACGCAGCAGCGCCUGCGGGCACCGCACUGUCGGACCUGCCGUUGGAAUACCUCAGCCUCUACCAUACGGUCGAUCCAUAUCUCUCCUCUGUUCUCGUCUUCUACGGCCCUGUUGCGACUGCAAAUGCCACCAUAAGCAGCUCACGCAUUCAGGCGCACAUCUUUACUCCUGCUGGGUUUCAGAGCUAUCCGCGCUUCACCAUAUCCCCCGCCGCUUCAGUGUAUACCGCAGUCAAUCACCUACCCCGUGAUAAACAAGGCAACGAAGUGGCCCGUGGUCUCGCUGUCAGCAUGUUGAAAUACUUCACUGAGCUGUCAGACCCGCUCAAAGAUUACCUAACGGAGACAGCCCUUACGACCAGACAAGGCGGCAAGGUUCUGAAGCCAUUCGAAGCGGUCCAUGCCGCAGAUUUGGCCAAUCGCAUGACAAAGGUCGAUGAUUCAUCGGAGAUUGUUCGCGACAUUCGCACUGCGUACCAGAAUCGCAAGAUUUCCUGGACUGACAUCGACGUCGUCUUACCCGCAGGCACAAUUAAAAAGUCCGAGCGACGCAACAGCACCAGCUCGGAUAUCGAGGAUGCCCAAGCUUUUGAAUAUGGUCCGUACACCCCCCUCAUAUCGGCAUUGGGAGAUCCGAUGUUUUUGCCAACCUCACGCCUCAAGCGUGCCCCUUCACAACCGACCAACGUCAGUAAAUCGAGAAUUUUCACCCGGGCUCAAAAAGAAGCUCUUCGUCUCACUAUGUGCGAGCUUGUGGAUACAGAAGAGAGAUACGUUGCCAAACUGUAUUCUCUUGUACACGAAGUGGCAGACGAGUUCCGAACAAAAGCUCAAACUCGGGGCCCCUCAAGCACCAGCCCCGAUGAGGAAUCACUGGCUGCUCUUUUCCCACCGUGUCUGAAUGAAAUCCUGGAAGUCAACUUGGGUUUUCUAGAUGUUAUUCGGCAAGUGCUUGACGAGACCGAAAAGGACGCAAUUGAAGACAUCAGCCAAGAUACCGAGCUCCAAGGUACAAUUCAUCAUCGGAGGGAGAAUCGGGAUGCACUUGGUGCUGUGACGUUUGCGAGAACACUGCUCGAAUGGCUGCCCCAAUUCUCGCAGCCCUAUGCGGACUAUAUGCGGGCCCACAAUGGCUUCACGCAAACGCUCAAUUCGUUCAUGAAAGAUAAGACCUCCAGCUUCUCGAAGAGAGUGUAUGAGACUGGAGAGCAGAGAUUGAGAUCUCUGCUGAUGGAACCUGUUCAAAGACUUCCUCGUUACAGUUUGUUGAUCGAUACCAUGACUGGCAACUUGCCACUGGUGCAUCCUGCCGUGCGGCCACUUCUCAAAGCCCGGGACAUUGUCAAGGACAUCUGUGCCCUAGACAAUUCAUCGCCGUCUUCACAUGCACAAAGUCUCAAGCGAUUGAGAGAGCUCGUGGAUGGGUGGCCAGCCAAUCAGUUCCCGGAUGGUCGUUUGAUCACAGCUGUUGAUGUUAACGAGAUUGCACCUCCCUAUCAGCUAGAUGCGCAGGCACCGAGCUCGGCCGCGGGUAUCAUGCUUCUUUACAGGGACUGUCUGGUGCUACUUGCGAAGCCUGCCGAGAGUCGAGCUACUGCGCGUUCAGUAUUGGCCGACAUUGACAAUGCGGGUUCCCCAACAAUCGAUACAUCCUUGUCCCUACCAGCAUCAGAGCUCAAGGUUGUGCAGGUCAUGGAGCUUCGUGCUGUUCGGUGCAUGCAGUCAGCCUGUGGCAGGCUCUUAUUUAUUUUGCCCGCAUCUUACAAACCCAACACUAACUCCAUGGAUGGCGAGAACGAUCUCAUUGCGUUGGAGCUGACUGCCAUGUACGAAGGAAAGGCCAGCCGUCUUAUUGAAGAAGUCACCAAAGCCAAGAUUGAGGGCAGGUUUCCUGAGCAAGAGCGGGAAGGAGGCAAAUGGACCCUCCGAAGUCCGCCCGCAGUCACAGGAAAUACAACUAUUUUAGCCUGUGUAUGCGAGGACGGUGAAAGUGUCGCACUCAGCGAAGCUCAGGCUUCCCCAAUUCGCUUGAUUUUCGACACUCCCAGGGCAAAGUGCACACAGAUGCUCCAAGGCACCAACUUGGAGAUGAUAAUUUCAAUCUCUCCACCUAAUGGUGACCAGUUUAGAAUGGACAUUGACUCUGUUGUCGGCGCUCCGUCCACGGAUAUUGUCACGGUGGACAAUUUCAUCUCGACCCUGUCACGUCGUCUGCACACUCUUCUCUCAAUUUUGCAUAGUCCUCGCAAUUCCAAAGUAAUGAAGCCUCUUAUUCAUUCGAAUUUCGAGAUCCUUCGUUACAUUGCAAGCAACUUGAUCACGCAACUUCCGCCCGCCUCGCCUACCAAAUUGAUAUCGAACCUUCUGGGAAGUAGUCGUGACAAUGUCCCCACCUUAAAGACUCCGAAUUCGGCGUCUCUGCUGGGUGAGUACCCAAAGAUGCCACCUCCCAGGCCUCAACAUUCCAGGUCAAAUACUGUACCAUCUACUUUCCCUAUCAAAGACAAAGAAAGAGAAGAGAGCCCGAGUAAAUCACCAGGAGCUGGAGCGACUGCUCUCAAAGGACCUGAAAGCCAGCUUGGAUCUCUUGAGCAAACUUUCGCAGCGUACGUGCUUUCCCUCCAAUCUCGAAGUGGAAACAUACUCGGCCGUAUGCUCCGAGCUCGAGACCAUGCGGACCGUGCCCCGGUCAACGAGCUUUACAAUGUCCUCUUGGAAAACCCAAGCAAGCUGCAAUCUGCAGCAGAAGUGCCCGUUGACACUUUAUUUGUCGCUUUCGAGACAUUCAUGAAAUACGCCUGGAAGAUGAGUAUGGGCCCAGUCCUAUCAGUGUCAGCAUUGAAGUCCCUUCAAAGCCAGUUUGAUACCAUGUUUCCUCGAGACUUUGAUGAUCAGUUCAAGAAAUUCCUGGUGGAUAUUAGUCCACAGAAUCGCCGUGCCCUGGCCGCCAUCAUUCGUCUCCUUGCUGAGCUGCUUGAUGCCUCCGGCAACGAUGGAGAUCGAGGAGCUUUGACUAUGGCUUUUGCCGAAGUUCUCACUGAGGAAGGAGACCCUGUUCAACAUGUGUCGCUCUUGGACCGACUAGUUGAGGACUUUGACAAUCUUUUCGAAGACUUCAUCCCUGGUGGCGCCUCUGUCGAAGGGACAUUGGGCUAUGACCAGGGAAAGACUUCCCAAACAAAUACCGGAUCUGUCGGCUCAAAUAGUUCUUCAUUCAGAAAGCGCUUUGGAUUUGGUCUAACCAGGGAGAAUCAGAAGAACGAGGGGGAGAGUAAGGUCGCUUCAAUCCUCCGAACUCUCAGCAAACGACAGAGUCCUACGGAUUCAGAACCUACUACUCCUAGAGGUACGUUGGUUCGUUCGAAAUCCACCGAUGUGGACUCUCGCCUUGGAUUUCUCCGGCCUGGUUCACGCGAUCGCCCCAACGGAUUCUCAUCCGAGGAACAGAUCUCGCGACCAGGCACUGGUUAUGACCAGCCGCAGUCCUUGUCGUCAGUUCGUGAGAUCGCACAAGACGGGGUAGUCAGGAUUCGCAGGAAGCGCAGAAGCUCGCUAUCAGAUCUACGCCCCCUAACAGCCUCAUCUGAUACAUCACAAAUUUCCCCAACCCACCCAUUGCGUCCGGUGACCCCAUCUAAUCUCCCACGCCCGGAAAUGACGACGCCGAACAGCCAGCAAAGACCGCGGAGCAGUUACCUAGCGACUUCACCUAGCAGAAGUACAUCGCCCGCGAAGGGGUACUCUUCCGUUCGUCUGGGGUCUCCCAUUCGACGAAUGUCACCCCCGCGGCCUUCCACCCCGAGUAGAAAGGAGAACAUUGAUCCCAAGAUUUCAAAGACGGACCGUGCAGCACAGAACAAGCCAGACAUUCCAGAAUCGCCCAGCCAGGAAAACAAGAGAAGAUCUCGCGCCACCAGCAUUCCCCAGCGGACCCCCGGCCUCCGAGAUCGAUCAAUAGCCAACAGCACGGAAGUCAAGCGACCUCAGUCUUCCUCGUCAUCUCAAAAGCCGCAGAAACUGCGGAUGCAAAGUCCUCAAAAGCUUCGUGAGCGUGUCUACCACGAGAAGAGAUCUCAAGCCACUGCCCAGAUUGGUCUGCGCGACGAGCUUAGGGCACUUGGCGACGAAUUGAAUGCUCUGAGACUCACACCAAGCAAACAAUCUAGUGCGGAGCCGACCAUGGGCCCCCUAGAUACUCAUAUCUCUUCAGCUGCUAGUGCUUCCUUUGAAGCUCGUAUGCGGAGCCUCGAGGCUCGUUUCGAUCAGCUCUCUGGAGAAUGUAACGGGCGCACAUCAGCAUUGGAGAGAGACUUGGAGUCGUCUCUGGUGGUUAGCGAGAAGCGCGUCAAGAAGCUGGACGAGUUGUACCGAGAAGCCAGUGCCGAAAAUGAGGCUCUCUACGAUCGAUUCAAUGCCGAGUUGAGUAAGAUUUCCAGAGACGUUCGAUCUGGAAGUGCAGAAGUCGCUUUGCAAGCCCAAUUGUCCAAGGCAUUGGAAGAAGUCGGCCGUCUCAAGAAAGAAAACUUCCGACUGAAGAGAGAGGCCGGAGGCCUUCGGGCCCAACAGGCCGCUGUUGCUCUCCUGAAGGCGAGUGAACAAUGA